AUGUCGCACAACCAGCUCUUAUUGAACAUGUCGACCCGAGCACCGACCAAGCGCGUCAAGCGGCGCCGGUCCCAGGUCGUCCUCGCGCUGCGCGCCCACAUCCAUGCGCUCGAGUCGACGCGGGUUCGUCUGGGUCGGGCCCGCAUUGCGCCGCUGCCGUGGGCGGACGUCGCUGGGGCGCUCCAGGACGACAUGCUGCAGGGGGUCGCGGAGAACCGCCGCCUCAAGAAGGAGCUCCGCCACGUGGAAGCGCUCACAACCUACUUGCAGUCGCUCGUGCUCACGCUACGCCCGCCCAAGAGCCUCGACUUUCGGGAGACGUGGCGCCACUCGCACCUCGGGGCGGGCGACGCUACGGCGCGCGAGACAGCGUACGCGUGGAUCCUCAACCAGCUCCGCUUCAACACAGACCGCGCCAUGCAGCAGCGGCCGUUCCCGUCCCGAAGCGGUGGUGACCUCGAGUACCUCGACGUUGACGUGCGCGUGAGCGACGACGGAGUCUUUACGACGCAUGUCGCCCACGAAUUCUUCGUGCGCGCGUCGCUCCUCGAUACAACCGACAGCAUUUGGUAUGCGGAAGAAACCUUCAACGACGUGUACCGGCAGCUCCGGCAGCGGCAGCCGUCGCGCUUGGCGCUGCCCGUGCGCGCGCGGGACUGGGUGCGAUACCAGCAAGAAGAGGCCGGCAGCAACGACCAAGAGCUCAAGAUGAACUACCUCUUUGGCCGAUUCGACAACGUCGGCGACGGCCACAGCAUUGUGGUGGCGCGCUCGAUCCUGCAAGACGACGCAUUUCCCGUCGCGGCCACUGCGUGGUCGGUCGAGUCGUCGCAAUGGGUCCUUCUGGUAGCGACGCCGAUGGGCACGCGCUGUCGAACGUACUAUACGAUGCACCACCCGUGCACAGCCGAGGGCUACGUCUCGCUUGAAGCACUCGCGGCCUGCUGCAACGUGCCGCCGGCCGAGACCGACGCCGCGCGCAUCACUGGCCUCCGACACUUCUUCCACGAGCUGCACACGCACCAACGCGCCUUUUUCCGGGACCACGUUCACCGCGUUCUGGCCACUUUGAGGAGGUCGUCGUCGUUUGCAAACUCCUAAAUUCAAUAAUAGCAUGGAAAUGUCGACGCUUUGCAAGG